AUGACAGGAGAGCCUCCGUUAGAACAACAACAACGUGCUGUUGUUGAACUGUAUGUACGUUCGAAAUGGAUUAAAGCGAGCUUAGCCCUCGAAGAUGAGAAUCUGUUUAUUGAAUAUGCACAUAACAAGCAAGAUCAAGCGAUAUCGAAUGACUCGCCGAAGCAAGUGCCAAAUACGAAUGAUGAACCAAUUCAGAAUAAUGGUUCAACAUCAAACUCAACGCCAGAUACAAUCACGAGCCAGAAACGAAUUGUCAAAAUCUCCAAGCCAGAUAACACUGGACUGGGAAUCAGUAUUAAAGGCGGAAGAGAAAAUCGCAUGCCGAUUUUAAUCAGUAAAAUCUUUCCCAAUAUGCCCGCUGAUCAAACUGGCCAAUUAUAUGUUGGUGAUGCUAUUCUUUCUGUCAAUGGAAAAGAUUUACAACAUGUUUCGCAUGAAGAAGCAGUACAAAUAUUGAAAAAAGCUGGACGAGAAGUAGAACUCGAAGUUCAUGUUCAAUCGAAGAGAAAUAAAUCAGUUUUGUACGUCCAUUGGAUCGACAUGCAAGAGAAACAAAUUCGAUAUCUACGCGAAGUGAAUGUCUUAAUGCAAAAACAAGGUUCGACUUAUUCUCGUAAGCAAAAUCAACAAUCUCAGGAUAAUUUAAUUGAAUCCAAUCUUUCAUCGUCGAGCUCGAAGAAGAAUCUUGCUAAUAAUUCCCCACCUUCAUCAAAUGAUUCAAUACUUUAUGAAACAAAACGCAUAUCACUUCGUUUGUGUUAUAUUUUUCGUCGUUCAUCAGUAACAAACGAUGUUCUUGUUCUCUCAACGGGAACAACAUCGAACCCAUUAGUAACAGGCUCAUCAUCCGUAUCGAAUGGUUCUAUAUUAGAUAUUGUCUUACCCUAUGCUCAAACAUGUUACAGUGUACGAUUUGCUGAUGAUAUGCACGCGAGAAAAUGGUUUCAAAUCAUUCAUUCAAAAAUUUCUCGCUGCUUACUGGAAAUUUUGCCCGAAAUCGAAGAACAUUUUUGUGUUGCACGAAAUGCAACUGAAGUCAAAGCGUUAGGUUGGCUAACGGAGCAAGUCAACAACGAAGAGCCGAAAUCUUGGAAGCCUGUUUUUCUUGUUCUGACCGAUGCAGAAAUUUGUUUUCUUUGUUGUGCACCUGUCUCAAAACAAACCUGUCGUGAACCAGAUAUUGUUUAUUCAAUUCUUUCGACAAGACUCAUACAAGCAACACGUGAUUCAACAAAUGAUACUGAUAGUUCAUUGUUAUCUUUACGUGUUGGGACAAAAUUUGGUGUUGUGUCACAUACGUUUCGAGUUGAAACUAAAACAGAUCUUAACUAUUGGACUAAAGCAAUCAGUCAAUGCUUACAAAGUGCUGUUGUACGAACCAAAGAAGUUGUCUUUCCUUGUAAAUGGAAUAAUCGAACAUGUAAAUUAUUUCUACAUUAUGAACAUGGAUUCACUCUAUAUAGCGAUCCAAGUGAUUCAGUUACGAGUGGUAGUACUACCCCUAGUAUUGGCAAUGUUCGUUUGCUGUGGCAACAACCGUUUGAAAAACUUCGCUCAUCCGCUGAUGAUAAUGAACAUUUAUUAACGUUGGAUUUUCAUGGUGAAGAAGGCGUUGUCGAAUUAGAUUUUGGAACAUCCCCGAAACCAUUCGUCUUCCAUUUACAUGCGUUUCUGUCAGCAAAAGCAGCACGAAUUGGUCUUAUUGCUUGA